AUGUUACUGAUGGAUGAUUCGUGGAAGGCUGAUAAUGGUACUCAUUCUCAAAGUCCUUCACCAGUUCCCAGUUUGGUAAACAGAAGCAACGCUAGCAUAUCACUUUCUAGUAUUGAGCCACCACCUCAACCAACAACACAAGUUAAUUUGGAAGUAUAUGAAAGAACAACAGCUUCAGCUUCAUCAGCCGUUUCCUCUUCUUUUGGCUCCUUCAAUUUUGAGUUUGAUUCCAUUGAAUUGGACAAUGACUUUUUAAUUGAUGUACCAGUUAUUCCAAAUUAUGCCACCAGAGGCAAUGAUGACUUGUAUAAGGAAACGAAACCAAUGGAGAAAUUAUUUUUUGGUCUAUUCAAGCACAGAUGUGACAAGGUUUACAUUCCAGAACAAGAUAACACUCCAAAGACAUUAGAGGUUAAUGGCAAGCAAGUUAAACGGAAACACUCAUUAGCUUGUUUGAAUUUUUUCAAAAAAGAACAGACGCAGAAGAACAAUCAAUUACAAACAGAUCAAUACCCCAAAAAAUCAAUUUUAAAAUCCAAAGUCAAUCAAAAUUAUACAAUUGAACAAUCACAAACAAAAAUUGAGGAUUCUCUUUCAUUCUCCCAAUUUAUGGAUAGAUUUGAACAUGUUGAGUCCGAGAAGAUUGGCAAUGAAGAGAAAUUGAGUAUGCUACGUUCAAAGCAAUUGAAGGAUUAUUACUCUCAAUUGGAUGGCUCUUGA